ACCAAAUUGCAAAAAAACAUGUCUGAUUCUCCAAAGGCAAAUAUCCACAAAUCAACAUCUUUCCUUAAUAACGAUGGGAUAGAUCAACUAAAACCAAUGGCCAGAACGAAAAGAGUCUCGUCUCUUUCCCUAUCUGAUCAAUGGUCUGGUACUGGCUUGUCCAAGCUAUCCUCUGCUAAAAAUUCACACAAGGAUUUGACUCAAUUAUCUUCUCAUAGAUCAAACACAAGUUUAAACAGAUCAAGACGUGGCUCUUCAGCAAUCAGACACAAGAAGACUGUCAUUGAUCAUCAACGUGUCGCUUCUUAUGCUUUUGCCUUUGAUAUCGAUGGUGUUAUUGUUCGUGGUCCUGAAACUAUACCUGAAGCUAGAGAUGCCUUGAAGAUGUUGAAUGGUGAAAAUAAAUACAACAUUAAAGUGCCAUAUAUCUUUAUCACAAAUGGUGGUGGUCGUUCUGAAGCUGCUAGAUGUAAGGAUUUAUCUACGAGAUUGGGUGUUGAAGUUACCGAAGAUCAAGUGAUUCAAGGUCAUACCCCAAUGAAGGAUUUAGUUGAUGUUUAUAAAAAUGUCCUUGUUGUUGGUGGGGUUGGUGACACUUGUAGAAAAGUUGCUGAAGGUUAUGGGUUUGAAAAUGUUUAUAUCCCAUUAGAUGUUAUGAAGUGGAAUCCUUCAGUGUCUCCUUAUUAUAAAUUGACUGAAGAAGAUUUGGCUAUAACAAAAGAUUGUGAUUUUAGUAAAACACCAAUUGAUGCAAUCAUGGUGUUUGCCGAUUCAAGAAAUUGGGCUGCUGAUCAACAAAUCAUUUUGGAAUUGUUGAUGUCUAAAAAAGGUACAAUGGGGACAAUUUCUAAAACUUUUGAUGAAGGUCCACCAAUUUAUUUUGCUCAUUCUGAUUUUGUCUGGGCUACUGAUUAUAAAUUAUCAAGAUAUGGUAUGGGUGCCUUGCAAGUUUCCAUUGCUGCUUUAUAUCAAGAACAUACUGGUAAAGAAUUGAAGGUUACAAGAUUUGGUAAACCUCAACGUGGUACUUUCCGUUAUGCCAACAAAGUUUUAGGUCAAUGGAGAAAGGAUGUUUUAGAUGAACAUUUGGAAAAAGUUGAACCAGCCACUGAAGAGGAUGCUAAUGCUGCUGUUUUCGAUUCAGAAGAUGAAGAGAGUGAUUCAGAAGAUGAUGAUGAUGAACCAUUAACUGUUCAAAAAUUAUCUCAAUUGACUCUUGAUUUACCACCUGCUUCUACUGUUUAUUUCGUUGGUGAUACUCCAGAAUCUGAUAUUAGAUUUGCUAAUUCUCAUGAUACUUCAUGGCAUUCAAUUUUGGUUAAAACUGGUGUUUAUCAAGAGGGGACAACUCCAAAAUAUAAACCAAAACAUACUUGUGAAAAUGUCUUGGAGGCUGUUAAAUAUGCUAUUGAAAGAGAACAUCAAUUGGAAUUGAAGGAGUGGAAUGCAGGUGCUGUUGAUGUUCCUGUUGUUUUAAAUGAAACUGUUCAAACUAAUGAAUCUAGUGAUAAAAAAGAUGAUAAAGAAGAGGAUCAUAAACCAAAGGCAACAUUUGGUUUAUAG